AUGUGGUCGAUUGUUAUCUGUUGGUUAAGUUGUAUUUCGCUGGUGAUUAGUACCGAUGUAAAUGUCUAUGGUAGUACGGCUAAUGGUUGGGAAUUUGUACGGGAUUUGUUUCGAGAGAAUUUCAUACAAGGACGAGAUACUGGUAGUUCGAUUGCGAUAUAUCAUCAUGGUCGAUUAGUAGUGGAUCUAGUUGGCGGAUGGUUUGAUGCAUCAAAAACGAAAGUCUAUGAUAACGAAACACUUCAAUUGGUAUUUUCAACAUCGAAAGCUUUAGUAGCUGUUGCUGCGGCACUUUGCGUUCAACGAGGUCUUUUGGACUAUUCAGAACUUGUGACGCACUAUUGGCCAGAAUACGGACAGAAAGGUAAAGAGAAUACGACUGUCGCCGAUAUUUUGUCACAUCGUGCUGGUGUGCCUGACGUUUUGGUCUCUUCGUUCGAUCAAUAUCUGAAUUGGACAUCAAUGAUUCAUUUACUUGAACAAGAACCACCUGUUUGGCUUCCUGGAAGUGCUCAAGGUUAUCACGCAUUUACUUACGGAUGGUUAGCUGGCGAACUUGUACGACGAGUCGAUCCACAGAAGCGAACAAUAGGAGAAUUUAUUCGAGAAGAAAUUGCUGAUCGCAUACAAACUGAAUUCUACAUUGGUCUUCCACAAGAGUUCGAACAACGAGUAUCACCAUUGAUUUUUACUGAUCUCGAAGACAUCUUGAGUGCAUCCAUGUUGACAGUGUAUCAUUUCCACAAUGAACCACGAACACAUAAAGCAGAGAUUCCGGCGGCAAACGGCAUCACUAAUGCUCGAUCGUUAGCUCUUAUUUUCGCCUCACUCAUAAGCAAUAUCGAUGAACGAAAGGAUAGUCGAUUAUUGGAUGCAGGAAUCUUGCAACGCGCCACAACAUUGAAUACACUACCGAACGAAGUCGAUCUCACAUUUCAAAUACCGUUUCCUGUCGGUAUGGGUUUUAUGCUUUACGAACAAGAUUUUCCAAUGUUUGGCCCUAAAUCAUUUGGUCAUUCCGGUUAG